AUGUGGCAGAAAUUAUGGGUUUCCCACAUAGUGGGACCCACUCCCAACAAUCAUCUCUAUGGUUCUGGGUAUGAUCCGCUUCCAUGGAAGCAGAGGCUGGAUAUAUGCAUUGUUUUAUUCGGAGUGCUGUGUGCUAGAAAGCCAAUCGAUCGCCAGCGUUUGAACGAGAAUGAAUGUCAUCUAGCUUAUUGGGCCCGUCAGUCAGUUUUAGAUGGAACCCUUUGUAGUAUCAUAGAUCUAUAUUUGAUGGGGCAGAUGGUGACAGAGUGCUUCUUUAUCUUCAUCGACAUCGCCUAUUCCUGUACUUGUCGAGAGGUAAAUUCACGGCCUGUGAUGGGUGAAGUGGAGUUGAUGCUAGAGCGUGCUUUGGAACUUCAAGAGAAAGCAGAUUCUUAUAAGGCGUCGUUGUGUGCCUUUGUUCCUCAACACAAAUCUAGAGCAGACAGUGACGGUGUAGAAGGUAACUCUGGAAUAUCUGCUAUUGCACAAUACAUUUCUGAUUAA